AUGUCUUCAUCAUCCAAAACUCUUUCGAGCAUCUCCAGCACGCCAGCAGCAUCAGCCUUCGUCGGAAAAGUAUUGAAACUCGUUCGGAGUAAACAAAAUUUACGAGUAGCAAUUAUCGGAAGAGAAAAUGUAGGAAAGAGUACACUAUUUAAUUCACUUCUCGGAAAACAACAUUCCAUUGUUCAUAAUUCUCCCGGAGUGACUCGGGAUUGUCAGGAAGCUAAAACUGUCAUCCGACUGAAACAGCCCAUGAACAUUUCUCAAGUCGUGUUUGAUAAAAAGAUAAAUAAGAGGAUCAUCAAGAAAAUAUCCUGCACGUUUAUUGAUACUCCCGGAGCUAAUUAUAUGGAUAGCAUCAUUCAACAAACUCAAGAUACCAUUGCAAGCUCUCAUGUUGCACUUCUUGUAACGGAUUGUAAAGAUGGACUCCAAAAGUGGGAUCAGCAUGUAGCCAAUUAUUUAGAAAUGAAAGGAAUUCCAGCUCUACAUAUUUUGAAUAAGUGUGAUGGUCCAUUGAUGAGAGGAGAUGGUGAAGAAUUGGAGAAGGUCAUCUCCGAGAAUACGAUUGCUUCUCUCGGAAGACCUAUUCCAGUUUCAAGUGAGAUGAAACUUGGAAUGGAUCAUAUCAUUUCAUACAUUCAAGCCUUUCAUUUCUUAACGGAGAGUAUGAGCUCGACAGCUUUGGAAGAGACUCGACAAGAAUUGUAUGAUUCGGUAAUUGAGAAAUUCAAUACAACACCUUCGAGAGAUUAUUUGUGUGAUCAUGCAUGUGAGGGAACUCUUUAUGAGAGCGAAAUGGAUGCUUUGGAGCAACAACAUGAAAAUGCAUAUUUCCAACCUUUUAGAGGAGAAUAUGAAAAAUUGCCUUAUAUGAGAAAUUUGCAUCAUCAUCAUCACCAUUAUGAUGGUAUUGAGAGAGUGUCACCAUCUUCUUAUUUGGAAUCUCCUCCCAAGUUGUGGAAAGAUCGUGUGAAGAGCCAUCAUCACACAGCGGAAGAGAGUAUGGAGCUAUCACCUCAAAAUUAUAGAAAUGUUUUGGAGAAAAAAGAUAUUGAAAAAUCAUUGCAAAGUUCAACACAAAAAUCAGCAACAAGUGCUCAACAGAAAACAGAAGAGGCGUCAAUUGCACCAAAGUCAUCUCAACAACAAGUCGCCCAAGAUGAAGAUUUUGAAACAGAUAUUGAAGAGGAACCAAUUGUGAACUCGAGUGGUCUCGCCGAAGACAAUAUUAUGAGACUGGCCAUUAUUGGUCGACCAAAUGUCGGGAAAAGCACACUCCUUAACCACAUUAUUGGUGAGGAGAGAACAAGAACAUCAAGCACACCAGGAACAACAAGAGAUACAAUUGAAAUUGAAGCUAUCAACGAAAAGACAGGUCAGCAUUAUAUCAUUUGUGACACUGCAGGCAUUCGGAAAAAGAAAUAUACUGAAACAGAUAGAAUUGAGAAAAUGUCACUUCAGGACACAUACCGAACGAUCAAAUAUGCAAAUGUAUGCUGUCUGGUAGUGGAUCCAACACAUAAUGUUGGAGAUUCCAAUUACGGACUCACUCAACAGGACUUGGAUAUUGCAAGAAUGGUUGAAAAAGAAGGAAGAGCUCUUGUCAUUGCGUGUAACAAGUGGGAUCUUGUCAAACAACCCUAUGUGGUGGCUCAACAAAUUGAAAGCCAAAUAGAGAGCUCUCUCGCUCAAUUACAAGGUAUUUCUGUAGUUGUUUGUUCUGCCAAGACGGGAAAGAACUUAUUUUUACUUCUCAAAGAAUGUGAAAAAGCAUAUCAAAAAUGGGCCUCCAAAAUACCAACAAACAAGUUGAACGCUUUUAUAAGACAAUAUUUGGAAACAAAACCUGUUCCAGCUAGUUAUCCAAAAAUUAGAUACCUUUCACAAGUGGCCGUUAGACCACCAACGUUUUGCAUUCACACCCAAAACAAGAAAUUCCCUCCAAACUUUGAAAGGCAAAUUGUGAAUGCCAUUAGAGAAGAAUUCGAUUUGGGAGGAGUACCAUUCCGUGUGAUCCAAAAAAUGGGAAGACGAAAAGAAAAAAACAAGGAAGAUCAAUAA